AUGCCGCUCAGCGAGCAGACGAAAAGCCCAGCCUGCAGGCACCUCCUCCUCUUUAUUCUCUCCCAAUUCAUACUCGCCCUCUGUUUGUUUGCUUACCUCCGGCCCUCCAGGGACCCAGGCCCAGAGCCCCGGGCUGGCAAUCCCUCAGCACUCACAGCCCAGCCUGGAAACAACCCCACAGCUCCACAGGCUGGUUUGGAGCUGACCAUCCUGCUGUGGACCUGGCCCUUUGGGCACCCUGCUGCUCUGCAAAAAUGCUCCGAGCUCUUCGGCAUCCGGGACUGUCACAUCACGGCCAACCGGAGCUGGUACCACCAUGCCAAUGCUGUGAUUGUGCAUCACAGGGAUGUGUGCUCCAGCCCAAAGAAACUGCCCCAAGGCCCACGGCCCCCUUCCCAGCGCUGGAUCUGGUUCAACCUGGAGUCCCCCAGCCACAGCCCUAACCUGGGCUUUAUGGAUAACCUCUUCAACCUGACCAUGUCAUACCGGAGGGACCCUGAUAUCUUCACCCCCUACGGGUGGCUGGAGGUCCUCAGCCAGCCCCAGAACUUCAGCAUCCCAGCCAAGUCCAAGCUGGUGGCCUGGGUGGUGAGUAACUGGAACCCAGCCUCCCGCCGGGUGCAGUAUUAUGAGGAGCUGAAGAAAUACCUCCACGUGGAUAUAUACGGCAGCCAUCACAUGCCUCUGCCCCGGGACAAGCACUUCUCCACCCUGUCCCAGUACAAGUUCUACCUGGCCUUUGAGAACUCGCUUCAUGAGGAUUACAUCACCGAGAAACUCUGGAGCAAUGCCCUGGGCUCAGGGGCCGUGCCCGUUGUCUGCGGCCCCUCCCGAGAAAACUAUGAGCGCUUUCUGCCCCCCGAUGCCUUUAUUCACAUCAAUGACUUUCCCAAUGCUCAAGAACUGGCCCAGUACCUCCAGGAGCUGGACAAGGACCCAGCGCGCUACCAGCGCUACUUCCAGUGGCGAACAUGGCUAAAACCGUCCGAGCGAAGUUCCUGGACCAUCCACUUCUGCAAAGCCUGCCGGGCCUUGCAAAUGACAGAGACCUACCAGACCAGGACCGGUUUGGCCAAGUGGUUCCGCUAG